UCUCACAAGGCCCACAGGCUGAUUGUGUGUGUCAUUUUGGUGGCGUCGGGCGAUUAUAACUCAUGCAUCUCCCUGAUAUUGUAGUCAGCAUAGCCUACAUGACCCUGCCAAAUGCUGUGGUGGAGUGCAUGUCUUAAGUUCCACGAGAGUCACCUUUGUGUAGGCUGAAUGUCCUGACUGGCGGAUGUAACGUUAGCAUACAAUUACGAAAAAGCGGGAGCUCCUUAACUCGCCGUAAGGUGCAAGAGAUGUAUCAAGUUCCAGUUUUAGGCUUGGACAAAAUCAGAAGAUCAAGGAAGAAUGUGAAGAGUAUUUUAAGUGAAUUUGGACUUGAGGAAUGUGAGGUCUUUUCCCAGGAGCUAGAGGAAGAUGAUCCAGUGGAAGAUGAUCCAGUGGAAACUGCUUUCAAUAACACUGAAUGGAGUGAUCUCACAGUAGGAUUCCAUGGCAGGGGAAGGAAAAAGUGGAGUUAUCGGACACAGGCCCUCUGCUGUAGCCUGUGUAGGUACUCGGCACGCUCUUGGAAUUCUUUCCAUAGUCACAUCAAGUGCUACCAUCCAGAAGAGAAGAACUUUGCUUUCCUGAGUUCUUGUUCGGCCUGUUCAUUCAUUGGUUCCCCCAGAGUCCUCAAGAAGCAUUUUUCGCUCUUUCACUCUGAUCUUCCCAGACCCCAGCCUCUGGACUCAGGAUUUUCACCGUUAAGAAAUACAGCAGCUGUUGAAAAGUACGGCUGUAGGAGGUGUCCAUAUGAGGAUCCUUUGCUGUACUGCAUAAAGAAACAUGUUCUCUUCAAGCAUUGCCUUCCUCUGUGGCACAAGUAUGCUGGCCAGAGAACAGACAGUCAGCAGAAAGCUGGGGGGUUUCCUUUUAAAUACUACUGCAAGAGCUGUGGCACCACUGCUGAGACGACCGAACAUCUAGUGUAUCACAUUUUGACCUCUGAGAAACACAAAGAUCUGGGUACCCACAUCCAUGGCUUGAUCUGGCAAAAGCUUAAGCACAAGAAACCAUACUCGGUUUUUUCUCCAAAAGCCCAGCUAAUGCUUGCUCCGAAGCCAGGUCCAACUGUCCAGACCAGCAUCCCUGGAGCAGCGUCGGCCAGCAACAGUAACACAAUGAUGUGUGGACAGGGGAGCUCUCAGCUCCUUCCUGUUCAGGCGGCGGCUCUUGUUCAGAUGGCCAGUGCGGAGGCAAAGGGACUGCUUCGACCUGAUGUUCCGGUGACCCAUCCCAACGCACAGCCUUCGCUCAUAGGUGUGCCCCCAGCCUUGCCUGCAAUGCCAAAAGGUCCAUCAACACACCUUCAGCCAGUUGUGCCUAAUAAGCAAGUGCCCAUAGCUGUUGGCAUUUCUGGACAACCACCGGUUAAACAGGUGAUGACACAGCAGGUAGCUGUUUCCUCAAGAGCCUCACUGACCAUUCCUGGACAUGGACCCUCAGGUCUCACUCCUCAGCCUGCAUUAAUAACUCAAAACCAGACUGCUCCCAGGGCAACGAUGCUUACAUCCCAGUCCCUACUUAGUCACCUUAUUCCUACGGGCAACAAGGUCAAUGGCCUGCCAACUUAUACUUUAGCCCCCCUACAGGUAAAUCUACCUGUUCAGUCAAGUAAGGGAUCAGUUGUUGGUAAAGUGCCAUUUCCAGUAUCGCAGAAGAACUCUGCAUCCCAACCAAACAAGCCACCUGGCAGCGCCUCAUUGGAAUCUGGUAAAACCAAAAAGUGGAUAACCUGCCGUUUCUGCAAGGAACUUUUCCCAUCUUCUGUCUACCAUGUGCACAUGGAGAUUCACAAACUUAAGACAAAAACAGGUCUUGCUGCAAGAGCACCAUUCCUGAGGAAAAUGCCUGACAAAACGGUCAAGUGUUUGAUGUGCAAGGUCCUGCUUUCCGAAAAGGGCCUUUUUGAGCACAUGCAACAUGGAAUGACAUGCCUGUAUUGCCCAGGGCUGUUUUAUUCCAUCAAACACCUCCUAGAACACAUGAUAUCAGACCACAGCCCUUUGCAAAAGGAAAACUUGGAUUUCAUGAGAAGAGAAUACAGACUUUAUACAGACGAAUGUGGCAAUCUCCUCUUUCCUUAUUUUGACAUAAACACAUCUGCCCCCAAAGAAAUAAUGGGGGAUCAUGAAGUGAAUCUUGCAUUAGUGACCAAUUCCCUUGACUUAAUUUUUGUGAAGAUGUCACCUAGUGUUACCAAGCCCUUGUGUAAAGCCUCCACAAAGACAAGCAUCAAUCAGUGUCCUUUCUGCCCAGAGGAUCUGAUGAAUGCAGAGGACCAUCGCAUACACCUGAGAGAAAAGCACUUCAUCACUCCUACAAUCCAUGCCAUUCUCAAGACCCCAGCCUACAAGUGUGUGUACUGUGGCGGAGUGUAUACCGGUAAAACCACCACAAAGGCAAUCACGGUUCACCUCCAGCGAUGUAAGUGUGCUCCCAAGACCGCAAUUGAUGCUGAGAGGCUCCUAAACACAAGACAAAUGCUCACUCAGAGUAAUGGAAUCAACCAGCCUGGCAGGCAAACAAACCCAAGUACGAAACCUGACAAACCAGAGUCAGAAGUGGAGGUUCAAAGAAAGCUGAGGCUUGAGAUGGCUGUGAAGGAGGCUAUGGAAGCAAACAAGCGAGAGAGGGAGGCUCGAGCAGCCAGAAAAAAGCUUGAAAGGGAAAAACAUUCUGCUUCUCCUGCUGUUGCACCUGAACUUUUGUCGGAUUCCUCUGUGCAAUUAGCCUUGGAUACUACAGGCUUGUGGAAACAGUCUUUUGAGGACAGACGAGAAUUUCUCACAAAGUACUUCCACACGAAACCUUAUCUGACCAAGAGUGAAACAACUUCCCUUGCCACUCGACUGCUGCUUAACAAGUCAGAUGUAGCUUGCCACUUUGGAACAAAACGCACGAAGUGCAUGAGGGCCAUUCAGAAACACAAGGCAAAGGUUCUUCUCGGUUUCAACAUGGCUGAAGUGCGAAAAGUAAAGCAUAACCUGUAUGUCCCUGAAAUAGAGCCAGAGCGAGAAACCGAGAAGAGUGAUAGUGAGUCUGAGAGUGAAAAUGAUAAAGCUCAAGCUGAAAAGAUUAAGGCACAUGAUGCAGACGGUGAGGUUGGGGAGGAGUUAAGAGACGAAUUACAGAAGCAAAAUUCUGUUUGAAUCAACCUUCUCUGUAAUACUGACCAUUCCUAAAAAAAAAAAACAUUUUGAAUAGUUAGCAGCUGAUUUUUACUUUAGCUACAUGUCGACAUGUAUAAACUGCUUGGAAGGAGAGUGUUUUUACCAAGGCAGGUGUUAUGUUAUGUAAUGUCAUUUUGGUUUUCUUACAGUAAUUUAUUUUUAAAAAUCAUAGAUCAGACUUCAAAGCAAUCUGUGAGUUAAAAGACAGGUGAUAUUUGAUAAAAAAAAAAGAAGAAAAAAAAGAAACCGUUCACAGCAGUUUAUAUUCAUAUCAUAUUGCCAAAUCACUAACUACAUUUGUAUUUACCUACAGUUCUGAUGUAUUUGUUUGCUCUCAGUGGAGUGCUCUUGAGCAGCCCAACAGAAAAAAAGGAAAGAAAUACCACUGAGUCUUCAACUUAUUAAAAUCUAUGUCUUCA